AGGAUGGGAAUAGUGGGGGGGGGAAGAGGGAGUGAAAUACAAUGAGGGAAAUAAAAGACGGUGCUGGAGGCGGUGGUAGAGAAAGGGAGAGUUGUCGGCAUUAGGAAAGAACAGUGCUCAGAGUUUGAUCGCAGAUGAGGGCAGACUCUGCCUGCCUGCGGUGAUCAGAGUCACAGUAUCUCAGGUCAGGUGGAACCAGCGAGCGGCACAGCCUCGGGCCGGGCCGGGCCGGGCCAUGGAGCCGAAGCAGCGUCGCAUCCUGCGGAGGUUGCGGCUGGAGCUGGCCGACCAGCUGCGAGUGGAGCAGCUGGUGCAGUAUUUGUACCAGGAGCGGGUGGUCAGCCAAAAUUUCCUGGAAGAGCUGGAGGCCGAGCCGGUCAGCGUCCGCCGGACCCUGAAGCUGCUCGACUACUUGCCGGGCCGCGGGCCUCGGGCUUUCGCCGCCUUCAUCGAGUCUUUGAGGGACGAGUUUCCGUGGCUGUGCCGCCGACUGGAGGAGGAGGAGGAGAGGGCGGAGGAUGAGCCCGAGCCGCCGGAGGCCUGCCAUGAUCAUUACCCUCUGGGAACUGCUGAAUGUGAUGCGACCCCUCAUCCUCCUGUUGCCGAGAGCCUCAGAAGGGCUGAGCCCUUUUGCUGCACUUACCACCAGUUGUUUGACCACAGCACUUACAGAAGAGAAACUCACUAAGACUUGGCAAUAACCUUCUGAGAAAAGUAUCGGAUGUCUGUGUGAAGAGACCAUUGCUUCUGACUGGCCUGGGGAUUUUUGCUUUUAACAUAUUCUCACAGAUUUUUACGUACUUUUUGGGAACUUUCUGAGUGAUAUGAAAGAGUAACCAAAUCUGGUUUGGUUGCUGGUGAGAAAGUAAAAAAAAAACUGAAAUAAUUAAAAAAUAUAUAAAAAAUACCUAUAAUUAGUCUUACAUGUUUAAGCUAAUCUUAUGUAUAUAUGGCCAUCUUAUGCGUGGAAAGACUUGUGAGAUCCUGAGAUUCUGAGAAUGAUACCGCCUGGAGCUUAGUUCCCGAUGGCAGAAAGGUCAAGGAGGAGGUUCCAGACAAAGAGAGAUCCAACCAAGACCCCAACAGUGGAGCAGGUGUAAGAUGAUGACACGUCACCACUGCAGGGUACGGUUAGCUUGGGAGAUUUUCUGCGAGGUAGGGCAUUUGAUGUCAGCAUGGAUUUGCCCUCUCUCCAGUCAGGACAGACGUGUUGAAUGAGCCCCUGCAAAAUCAGAUAAAUUUUUAUUGUGGGGCUGGGGGCAUAGAGCAGCCGAAUUAAUGAGUUAAUGAAGAUAUGCUGUCUGUUUCUGGGUAUAAAAGCACAUGUUCUUUUAGCUCCAUCAUGUGGUCAGUCUCAUUAACUCAACAUAGGAGAAACAGAAAAUAGAACAGAACCUUACAGGCCCUUCAGCCAUGAUUUUGGCAGGCCUUCUGACUUACUCUAAGAUCGAUCUAAACUUUCCCUUCUAUAUAUUCACCAUUUUUCUAUCAGCCAUAUGUCUAAGGGUUUCCAAAAUGCCUGCAAUCAUCUUCCUCGCCCGCCACCAUUGGCAGGGUAUAUCAUCUAAAUCAUUGACAUACAGCAUAAUACAAAGCAGGCCCAACACCAACCCCUGUGGAACACCACUAGUCAGUGGCAGCCAACCAGAAAAGGAUCUUUUAUUCCCACUUGCCUCCUACCAAUCAGCCAAUGCUCGAACCAUGCCAAUAACCUUCCUGUAAUACAUGGGCUCUUAACUUGGCAAGCAGCCUCAUGGCAAAGGCAUUCUGAAAAUCCAAAUAUGCAACAUCCACUGUAUUUCCUUUAUCAAUCCUACUUGUAAUCUCCUCAAAGAAUUCCAACAGGAUCGUCAGGCUAAAUUUUCCCUUAAUGAAACCAUGCUGACUUUGCCUUAUCUUGUCCUGUGUCACCAAGUACUCCAUCAUCUUGUCCUUAACAAUUCAGAAUCAGAAUCAGGUUUAUUAUCACUGGCAUUGACGUGAAAUUUGUUAACUUAGCAGCAGCAGUUCAAUGCAAUACAUAAUCUAGCAGAGAGAGAGAGAAAAAAAUAAACAAGCAAAUCAAUUACAUAUAUUGAAUAGAUUACUUUUUUAAGAAUGUGCAAAACUAGAAAUACUGUAUAUUGAAGAAAGCGAGGUAGUGUCCACAGCAAAGUCCAUUUAGGAAUCAGAUGGCAGAGGGGAAGAAGCUGUUCCUGAAUCGCUGAGUGUGUACCUUCAGGCUUCUGUACCUCCUACCUGAUAGUAACAGUGAGAAAAAGGCAUGCCCUGGGUGCUGAAGGUCUUUCAUAAUGGAUGCUGCCUUCCUGAGACACCUCUCCCUGAAGAUGUCCUGGGUGCUUUAUAGGUGUAGUGUUCUUGUGCAGUGUGUUGAAACUCUGACUAAACACCAAGUUAAACUGGAGCCAAUGAGGACAGGAUCACAGUAAGAUUAACCGUUCACUGUUCACUCUUCCACGUUAAUGUAUGGUGAAAACUGUUGAUAACUAAUACAAAACAUAUACAGUGUCUGUUUCUUUCUUGACAUCACAUUUGCAUCAUAAAUAUUUGUAAAAAUAAAACUAUAACAAACUGUAUUACAUUAAAGUACAACAUACAGGCAGAAUCUGCUUAAGCCAUCAACAGUUUUAGGUAGACUCCAACACAAUUUUUCCAGCAAUGCUUUCAAAGGCACAAGAAAAUAAACCUCAUCAACUGUCAUUUCUUUUAACAGAAUCAGCGUUAACAUUUUUACUUCAACACAUCAACUGUCGUACGAACUUAGGGCAUUGCUUCUAUGAUGUUUCUUUGUGAGUAGAAAUGGAGCUUUUUGCAUUGGUCCUACACCUGUAGGCCCCCACCUUCCUGUUUCUCCGAACCGGAACUUACCCACAAGACGCGGUGAAACUGGGGGUGACAUCAUCACAUGCCACAAUACAUCACAGAUAAUGAAUUUUACAUUCUUUAAACUGUAACGUAGUUAUCAACC